UAAAGUACGCUUUUGGCUACCCGCUCUUUAGCAUCUCUCUUUUCCAAAGCAAAAACAUCCACUCACCCAGUCAACAAGCCGGAGCAACCCAGCCCCACCAAUCCAUGACCGACAACACCACCGAUGACAACCGGGUCGAACCGGUCGACCCGUUCCUUGUAGGGUAUCAGCCCUCGGAGCUCCGAAUCGCCUCGGAGUUUCUCUCCACCUGGCUCUCCUUUCUCACCAGAGAUCUUUGUCCACACUGCUCCGCCAAACUCGCCGAUCGCGUCCGCUCUCUCGGCCCAGAACUUGGUGGGGAUUCGAAACCCGUUAACCCGGAUGAGAAUUCGGGUGAUUUGAAUACGGAGAGCAAGGAAUUGCAGGUGGGUAGUGAUAAUGAUAAUGGUGAGGAUCAUCAUGAUGAUGACACAAAGUCACUAGGUAGUUGGGACGACGGAGAUCAGGGGAUAUCGGAACCCGACCCAGAAGCUUCUAACAGUGGAUUGGCCCCCUUAUUAGACACUCCAAGCCCUCGAAUGUCGUGGGCCGAUAUGGCACAGGAAGAUGAGCUGGAAGAAGAGGAAGAGCAUGAGUUGCCAAAGCGGGUGGUCAAUGUGAACGAGGCGACUGGAAAUUUGAGGAUUACGAAGUCUACAUUGUCUAGGGAGCAGAGUGAACGCAUUAGGUUCAUGAAUGUUAGGAGGAAGAAAGAUUAUAUUUGUUUGGAGAGGAUUAAUGGGAAAUUGGUUAACAUUGUCGAUGGGCUUGAGCUCCACACUGGUAUCUUCAGUGCGGCGCAACAGAAUAGGAUUGUUGAUUAUGUUUAUAAGCUUCAAGAGAUGGGCAGGGAUGGUUUAUUAAAAGCACGUACGUAUACAGCACCUCAAAAGUGGAAGAGGGGCAAGGGACGAGUAACCAUUCAGUUCGGCUGUUGCUACAAUUAUGCAAUGGAUAAGUAUGGUAAUCCACCUGGUAUCCUACACGAUGAUGUUGUCGAUCCCAUACCUCAACUUUUCAAGGUGAUCAUUAGGAGGCUGGUAGAAUGGCAUGUGCUUCCCCCGACCUGUGUACCUGAUAGUUGCGUCGUCAAUGUAUACAAUGAAGGGGACUAUAUACCUCCGCAUAUUGACAACCAUGAUUUUGUUCGACCUUUCUGUACCGUGUCCUUUCUUAGUGAGUGCAACAUAGUUUUUGGAUCAAACUUAAAGAUCAUUGGUCCUGGCGAGUUUGAAGGUUCAUUUGCCAUUCCCUUGCCAGUUGGGUCUGUUCUGGUUUUAAACGGAAAGGGGGCUGAUGUAGCUAAGCAUUGUGUGCCUCCAGUACCUACAAAACGGAUAUCAAUCACAUUUAGAAGAAUGGAUGAAACCAAACGGCCGAAUGGUUAUGUUCCAGAACCUGAUCUACAAGAUCUUCAACCACUAUCCUUUGAAGAGGACAAGAAAACUAGAUUAAAUUCACCUAGGAGCCAACGUCGGAUGAGGAGGCAGCCAAUUAGGGGAUCUGCUGACAGACGUGAGUUCCACUCAGAAAUUAGGGGAUCUGCCGACAGACGUGAGUUCCACUCAGAAAUUAGGGGAUCUGCUGACAGACGUGAGUUCCACUCAGAAAUUAGGGGAUCUGCCGACAGACAUGAGUUCCACUCAGAGCCCCGAGAGUCAAGUUGGAGUCGACGUGGAUCUGGAAAUAGGUGGAACCGGGGAAGGGUCAACUUGAAUUUUGAGAGCUAGUUGAUGAUGGCUAACUUCUUUGCCAGUACAAGUGUUGCAGCUGGCCCCUUUCAACCUUUCGUCAAGGUUCUUACAUUUAAUUUCCUAAAGAGAUAAAAGAUAUCGUUUGGAUUUGUAUCUUUCUACAUCUACUUUAGGCUUGUCAACUGUGCUUUGGUUUCUUCUUUUACAAGAGCAAUAUGCAUGUUUGAGUAUAGAUGGAAGUUCAGAGGAUGCGGCGAAGGUGGUGGACGUAAAUGCAACUUGCUGGAAUGCUACCACAGUUUUAUUGGUAUUAUUUUUCUAUAGCUUAUAAGGCAUAUGCCCCAUAACUAGAUUAUCACUUCGCGCUAUCGGCUUUGUGAGUUUAAAACAUAUGGAUGAGUUGUACUAUAUAGUUGAUGAACCAACUUAAAGCUGGUUGUUUGUAGCAUAUUGCUGCUUAUGUACCCCAGCAAUUGAUUGCAAUCUAUUGAGUGUGCUAUUGUUUGAUGAUCGGA